AUGGACGACGAGUGGCCAUCAGAAUUAUCGAUAACCGAUCUUCCUUCGCCGACUCUAGGCCUAUCGUACAUUUCCCCUGGUGCAAGAGUAGUAUCUCCUGUUACGGCACUGGCACACGAUCUUGAAGUUAGCUGUAGAAGUCAUUCCUUAACACCUAAGCGGCGCUUGUCCCUGUCCAGUGCGGUUGGAAAUGACAGCUAUGUCGACGAUGGAUUCUCCGAUACCACUCCGGGACAACUACCGGAUGCGUCCAAAACGUUCGAAUUCAAUAAGGAGAACAUUACCAAUAACCCCAUUGCCUUGACUGACGACGAGCUAAUUGCUAUUAAUUCCAGGAAAAGUGCAUGUCCCAACGAUGCUAAUGGACCUCCGAAAUUAACCGACUCCGUUAUAUUUGAAAACAAUUCAUAUGAUAACAAGCAAAGUGAUAAAGUACAAUUUCCGAAACCAUGGCCACCUAGGAGAAAAUCUAAUAAAGAAAAUGCAGCCAUUCAAUCUGGUAUAUGUAGACAGAAAUCCGCGCCCCCAACGUUGAGUAAUAACCGACACCCAUCGACUCGUGAAUCUUCCUCUAGUGAUAUCUGUAAUAAAGAUAUAAUGAAAAUUUGGCAUGGAACAGAGCAAACUAAUGCAGAAGAAGAUGAUGAUGACGCAUUUUUUGAUGAAUUUGAACCACAACACCUUCCUGACAAUGGUAGUGUCAUAAAUGAACGUAGCUCGUCUAAGAUGGAAGAUUUGAUGAUUAAACAAAUAAUUUUAUCACACUCAAGUGAAGCUGAGCCCGGUACUUUUUCUAAAGAAAUGCAAAAGAUGAAAGAGAAAUAUGACUCCAAGGCUUUAUCAGCAUCAUGGAAUGGUAUCAAACCCGUAAUAGACAAUUUUGAAAGAACAAAGAGAUCAGAGCCACCUCGAGGUUCUAGCCCUGUCGCAAUCAAAAGAAGCAAGAGCCAAGUAAUGUCUCCGUGCAAAAAAACGACAUCUCGUUUGAUACCACGCUCUAUUAGCUGCCAUACUUUUGCUGAACCGCCUGUAAUUGAUUAUGGUAAUUUGGGAAAAAUAUCACCUACGCGUUAUGCAUUACCAAAAUGUAUGGGACCGAAGUGUGAUCUACGUAACAUUAGCCCAGCUACGUUGGCGGAAUUGAUUCGAGGAGGUUACCGCACUGAUCUCGAUGAAUUUAUAAUAGUUGAUUGUCGAUACCCAUAUGAAUAUAAAGGUGGUCAUAUUAAGGGUGCGAUCAAUAUUCAUACUUCCGAUGGAAUCGAAACUAGAUUCUUAAGUAAGACAGACACAUAUCAUAAUAAAAAGGUUGCGGUUAUAUUUCAUUGCGAAUUUUCAUCUAAGCGUGGUCCACAUUUAUGUCACUACCUCAGGAAGAGAGAUCGUAAUAUUCACGCAGAUUCUUACCCUAGCCUGUAUUAUCCUGAAUUAUACCUACUAUGUGGUGGCUAUACGGCUUUUUUUGAAGAAUUUAAAGAAUUAUGCGAACCACAAAACCAUGUCAAGAUGUGCGAUAAGAAUUAUGCAGAAGAAUUGAAACAUUUUAUGCGUAAAUCUAAAACUUGGAGUGGAGAAUCAUCAAAACGUAGAAGGUUGUAUACAAACUUUGGAGAGUGA